AUGCCUCUUAUUUUUUAUCUCAUUUCAUUGACAUCUUCUCAAUUUCCAUUUCUCAAUUACGACAUUCAGUUUGAGGAAAAAUGUUAUACGCUACCAACGGGAGAGUUAUACAACGUCGAUUACAACGGGAAGACUUAUCACUGUUCCAUUCCCAUUCACAAAAACACAACCAUAUCCAAUGAAGACCAAUUUGAAGCGCUUCGCCAUCCAACGUGUUAUGCAUAUGAUGAUACAUACUUCAGAUAUGUUCUCUGUCCUGGUCGUAAUGUGACACAGCAGCGCAUAAUUUCUAAUACAAAAGUUGGCGAGAUCGUUUUAGGUUCUUCCGUGCAGUCGGUCAAGUAUGGGCAUAACUACAUCAAAGAGAUAUACACUGAUGGAAACCUCUGUUUAGGUCUCGGGCGUCGUUCCAUAGAAGUAAAAUACUUUUGUUCAGAAAAGACUCUCUCUCCUGUAUUUGGUGGGGUCGAAGAGACAGAGCCAUGCAAGUACACUCUUCAAUGGCAAAUCCCUCACUUCUGCAAUCAUCAAGUUUUCGACGAAUUUAACACGGAAAACAAGGUUCGGUGCUGCAAGAGUGUUAUCAAAGAAGACUCUAUGCGUGCUAUGACAAAGGUUCCUACAGACCUCCUCCACACAAGCAAAGGGUCUUAA